GUUUCCGUGUAACUUGUAUUGCAAUUUGGUUCCGGUUUAAUUUAUUUUGGCCUGUGAUCGGGAUUUGUCCCUUGGGAAUUGUGUGAGUUGGGAUAGGCACCAUAACCCAAUUUUGCGAAUUCACAUUUUCCAUUGUUUGUUUUCAAAGUUAUUUUAAAUUAAACCGUUGUUGAUUUGGAGCCAGGAUGGGGCGGAAAAGUUCGGCAAAGAGCAAGGAAAAGCGUUUGAAGCGCAAAGAAGAGCAACAAAAAAUUCUGCAAGCGAUGGCUGUUGUGGAUAAAGCGAAUAAAUUAACAGACCCUUUAGAGCCGUUUCCGGUAUUUAGGAAGUUUAAUAAAAAUGGGAUUGAGGCUGAAUUGUUUACACAAAGAGUGACUGACUUAGAUGAAUCCACCAAGUCCUGGAUUUUUAAUUUAACGAAAAGGAACAUGCAACUAAAGUACGAACAGUGUUCCUGGGGUUGGAAUGAUAAUAAAAAAAUGGAGGAGUUAAUGGAUGAAGCUGCUUGGUAUCUCAUAGCAAAAGGUGUAGAUGGUACUUUUCUCGGUUUUUCCCACUUUAGGUUUGAUAUGGACGAAGGAAUUGAAGUUCUCUACUGUUACGAACUACAGUUGGAACCAGCAAUUCAGAGAAAAGGCCUAGGAAAAUUCAUGAUGCAAAUUUUAGAACUGAUAGCUUUCAAAAAUAAUAUGAGGAAAGUGAUUCUAACCAUAUUGAAAAAUAAUCACUACUCGAAAUUUUUCAGAGCUCUAAAUUACGAGUUAGACGAAACCUCUCCUAUUGAUUACCAGGAUGAGACUUUUCCAUACGAAAUUUUAAGUAAAGUUAAUAAGAGAUUAGCCAGUUCAACAACCACAAAUAUAAAUAAUAAAAAACCUGGACAGGCCAAUGGGCAUUCGCAUUGCUGCUCUGGCCAUCAUCACCACCCAUUGAUGUCGUAAUUUUUUCCAAAGUAAAGCGAGAUUCCAUGUAACGACUUUUUUUAUUUAUAUUUUUUAACACGUGUAAGAUCUUGUUUGGAUUUCUAAGACGAAGCCCCGUAUUUACGUUCUAGACUGUAAUUCAUCUAAAUAUAAUUUUCUACAGUAAA